AUGGCUGCCCACGCCGUCACCCCGCUCACCAUCUGCCGCCUCCGCCGCGGCGUCCCCCUCCACCACAGCCGCCGCCUCCUCGCCGUGGCCGCCGCAGCGCCGGAAGCGCCUGCGCCUACCCCCGCGGCAUCCCAGUCGCCGCCGUCCCCGGUUCCGCCCCGCAAGGUCUACUUCCCGAAGCGCGGCGAGACCGUCGAGCUCACCUGCGAGGCGCUCGCCUUCAAGGGUAAGGGCGUCUGCAAGGUCGCGGGCUCCACCUUCGUCCUGCUCUGCGAUGGCGCGCUCCCCGGCGAGCGCCUUGUCGCCCGCGUCAGCCGCCUCCGCCGCGGCGCCUUCGCCGAGGCCGCCAAGCUCAGGACCCUCGAGCCGCACCACGACGCCGUCGAGGCGCCCUGCCCCCUCGCUGCUGACUGCGGGGGCUGCAAGACCCAGUCUCUCGCGUACGCCGCGCAGAUCCGCCACAAGCAUCUCCAGGUUCGCGACUUGCUCGUGAACUUUGGCAAGUUUGAUCCCAAGCGCCUGGAGAGCUCGGAGCCGGAUGCGAUCCUCAAACCCAUCGUGCCGUGCGACGAGAUAUUGCGGUACAGAAACAAGAUGGAGUUCUCGUUUGGGACGAAGAGAUGGGUGCAAAAAGAGUUGAAGGACAAGGAUGAGGAGGUGGAGGUGAAGCAGGAAACAAAUGAAACUGAUGGAUAUGCGCUUGGACUGCACGCACCAGGGUUCUUUGACAAGGUGCUACAUGUGCAGAAAUGUUUUCUGCAGAGUGAGCCAGCAGAUAAGGUUCUUGCAGUUGUUCAAGAAACCUGGAUGGAUCCUGCCAUAGGCCUCACGCCUUAUGAUGUCCAUAAGCAUGUUGGGUUUCUCAAGCAUCUUAUGAUAAGAACCGGAAGAAACUUCAGCACUGAAACUCCAGAAGUAAUGGUCAAUUUUGUGACGUCAUGUUAUAAACCAGAUCUAUUGAUGCCUCUUGUUGACAAAAUCACAAAAAUACCUGAAGUGGUCAGUGUCAUAAAUAAUGUGAACUCAUCUGUUGGCAAUACAUCUGUGGGUGAACAAGAAUAUACCUUGUACGGGAAGCCAAACAUUACAGAGAUGUUGAGAGGACUUACAUUCCAGAUAUCUGCCAACUCCUUUUUUCAGACUAAUACAAAACAGGCUGAUGUUCUUUACAGGCUUAUUGAAGACUCUGCUGGGCUUAAAGGAGAUGGCUCUGAAAUUGUUCUUGACUUGUUUUGUGGAACUGGAACCAUUGGUUUGACCCUUGCCAGAAGGGCAAAGCAUGUUUAUGGAUAUGAAGUUGUCCCUGAAGCCAUUGCAGAUGCGCGAAAGAAUGCCAAGUUGAAUGGUAUCAAUAAUGCAACAUUUGUUCAAGGGGACCUCAAUAAAAUCAAUGAAUCAUUCGGGAAGGAAUUUCCAAGGCCUGACAUAAUCAUCUCAGAUCCUAAUCGGCCUGGGAUGCACAUGAAGUUAAUCAAGUGGCUGUUAGAAGUUAAAGCUCCUCGAAUAGUGUAUGUCUCAUGUAAUCCAGCUACUUGUGCUCGGGAUUUGGACUACCUAUGUCAUGGCGUGGAGGAGAAAGAUUUGAGAGGAUGCUAUGAACUGAAGAGUGUAAUUCCUGUGGAUAUGUUUCCUCAUACUCCUCAUAUUGAGUGUAAAUUGUCCAUGUAUUCUGAAAAUGAGAGAACUCGUUUGUGGCAUGAAUACCAUGAUGAGAAUCUUGAUCUGAUACUUUUCAUUGAAGGGUACACAAAUGAUUUCCUCAUGAUUGAGGAACCCUUGUAUCUUCUUUCUCAACAUCGGGAAGUUACUGGACAACUGAUCUGA